AUGAAAAAGGAUUCUCUAGAGCCAGAAGAUUUCGAGGACAAUCUACAGUUGCAUUCAAAAUGCGGUGUUCAUGUUCAGCUACUGUAUUUUAUCGCUUCUAUCGUAUGUGUGGUAUUCGAUCUAUUGGCAGUAGUGUUGUUGUUGGUGUUGUUCAUGUAUCCGGAGUUUCAUAGGAAGUCGGUGGUUUACAGUCAGUUGUUGCAAGUAAGUCGAGUAUUGAAUGAUGGAGUGAUUUGUAGUAUUACGAUAGGACGAGGCCGUAUUCCUAUCAUCUUGUGUACAAUGGAGUGUUGUUCUUCUGGGUUUUUCUGUUCUUUGCUCACAUUCUUUGCAUUGGCGUUGGGCUGUUUGGAGUCAAAGUGAGUUGGUUAAGGUUUUGCUGUUCAAAGAUUAUUCAAUUUUUAGCAUUUUGAAGGUAGAAAAUGUUGUUAUUGGCAUACUGAUUGUGAGUGUAAAAAGUUGCUUUUAACGCGUAUCUUUAUAUAAAAAAAACUUUUUUAUCACUUAUCAUUAGGUAAGAAACUUGUUUUUUGUUUUUUUUAAACUUUUCUUACAGUUGAGAAGGCCGUACUUGAUGUUACCUCAAAUAAGUCUUCUGGUUGUCAGAUUGGGAAUAUUUAUCGUUUUGUUCUUUGGCCUUAUCACUAUUAAUUUCGUGGGAUCAGAGGUUGUGAUAUUGGCUACAAUGCUGAUAUGUCUGUUUGGAAUCGUAUCAGGGUAAAUAAUAUACUUGAAAAUAGAAAGAUGUUAUCUACAAUUAUAAAAAACAAUUCCCAAACUAAAAAAGAAGCACUUUUGCCAUUUACUGUAACUACGACUGUACUAAAUUUUGACUACAGACUCGUACUGUUUAGACUGUACUUGAUGGCAUCUGUGUUCUGUUUCCGCUAUGUCCGAGAGAAGCAUCUGAUGAUUCAAAAAAUAUUAGCCAGUGCGAAAUCGGUUCACUUCAAAGAUAAAAAGCGAAAGAAAUAA